CUUUUAAUCUCGACCCACUUUUGCAAUGGCUUCAUAAUGUAUUAGCCAUUAAUUGAUAUCAAUUUAUUAAGUAUUCACGAGUCAACUCAAGCAUAACUUGAAUAUUCGAGACAUACCUGAGGUUCGAAUCUCUCUCUCUUCUCUCUCAAAAGGAAAUGAAAAGAGAAGGGAUUGAUUUAUUCAAUUGGGACCCCCAAGAACAGAGAGAUGCAGUGCUGAAGCAAGACAAAGGCUAUACCAUUUCCUUUCACUGUAGCAAUUUUGUCAACACUUCACCACCAUCACUUCAAUUCUCUGAACCCUUUUUUCCCAUUUCAACACUCCAAUCUUUCUCUCAUUCUCUCACUCAAAAUAUGGCUUUAAACAAUUCCCUCUUUCUCAUUCUCCCUCUCAUAUUCUCCCUCUCUGUCUUUCUCCCCACAUCAGUUUUGGGAAUCACAGGGAAUGAAGAUUCAAAGCAGAAGGAAUUGGCUAUUGGGUCAAGGCCACCAAAGUGCUUCAACAAGUGCUUAAAUUGCAAGCCAUGUGUAGCUGCUUUGGUCAUUUCUCAGCGCCUCAAAGGUUAUGAUAAUAACAACGGUGGUGUUGUUUCUAAUAUGGAGGCGGCUCAAGUUCCCAAAGAUGAUGCCUAUUAUCUUCUCUCAUGGAAAUGCAAGUGUAAAGAUAAGUACUUUCAACCUUGAAAAACAUAAAAACACUUCCAUUUUUCAUUGUUUCACCCAAAUUUUUAUGUAUGCCUAUGUAUCAUAAUAUAGUGAUUGUUGAGAGGGAGUUUUU